AAAGAAUGGAAUCAUAUUGAUUUAAAUGUAGAUGAGCUCGAGCUCACAGACUGAAGCAGGACCUGCAGUUGACAUAAAGGACUCGCCGAGAUAGACACGAUGGCUUUUAAAGUUGCAUACAGGUUGCGAGAUAUUCUACAUCUCUCCGUACGCUAAUUGUGUGGCUUUAAAGAUGGAAGAGACAUCAUUUACGGUAGUACCUCCUCCAUCGACCCUCCGAGAACCGUCUGGAAACAGUGCCAGGACCUGAGGGACGUCAGAACAUCUGGUACCAAUCUAGAUAAUGAAGCUAAAUUUGUUAAGCUUACGGCUGCUGUGUCUGGCCUGUCUGUGGCCAGUCACCCAGCUCAACAACCGACUGCCCAGCCGCAGGAAAAACAAGGAUGUCUACCUGGGGGAGCAUGCCAAACAUAAAUACGGAGGUCGAAUUGACUACAAGCUGAAGAAGCAGGACAGCACCAAGUCCCUUCUUAUUAAGACCGAGCAGCUGCUGAGGAUCGAGGAGCAUGAUUUUGCAAUACGUCCAGGCUUCGGAGGUUCUGCCAUUCCAGUGGGCAUAGAUGUCCAGGUGGAGAGCAUAGACAGCAUCUCUGAGGUCAACAUGGACUUCACCAUGACCCUGUACCUACGGCACUACUGGAAGGAUGAGCGUCUGGCGUUCCCCUCGGCAAACAACCUGAGUCGCACCUUUGAUGCCCGGUUGGUGAAGAAGAUCUGGGUGCCCGACGUCUUCUUCGUCCACUCGAAACGAUCAUUUAUUCAUGAUACCACCAUGGAGAACAUCAUGCUGAGGGUUCACCCGGAUGGCAAUGUCCUCUAUAGUGUCAGGAUAACGGUGACUGCUCAGUGCUCUAUGGACUUCAGCAGUUUUCCUCUAGACACCCAGAACUGCUCUUUGGAGCUGGAGAGCUAUGCUUAUAAUGAGAAUGACCUGAUGCUAUACUGGAAAAAUGGAAACGAUUCCUUAAGAACGGACGAAAUUGUGCUGUCACAGUUCUUCAUUGAAGAGUUUAACCCCUCCAGUGGACUGGCAUUCUACAGCAGUACAGGCUGGUACAACAGACUGUACAUUAACUUCAUCCUUAGGAGACACAUUUUCUUCUUCAUGCUGCAGACUUAUUUCCCCACCAUGUUGAUGGUCGUGCUGUCCUGGGUGUCCUUCUGGAUCGACAGGCGGGCGGUACCUGCACGUGUCUCUCUUGGAAUCACGACCGUCCUGACCAUGUCGACCAUCAUAACAGGAGUGUCUGCGUCCAUGCCUCAAGUGUCCUACGUAAAAGCUGUGGAUAUCUACUUGUGGGUCAGCUUUCUGUUCGUCUUCCUGUCGGUCAUUGAGUAUGCUGCUGUUAAUUACUUCACCACUGUGGAGGAGAUGAAGAAGUUGAAGAAGCUGAAGCUCUCUGAAUUCGAUGCCUCCCAGGCAAUGGCGUUUGACGGCUGCUUCCAUGACACUGACAUAGAGCUCAGACACUUCCCCCAGCUGGUGGACCUCUGCAUGGACCGGCACCUAUCCACACAAAGCUCGUCCAAGCCCGAUGUUCCUUCAGUAAUGGGCACGCAACUGCGGCAAACCCGGCCCCUGGGGCACCACCUCCAGCUGCUCAUGAGCAACAGCUACAUGAUUGACUCGUAUUCUAGGAUCCUAUUUCCUCUGGCCUACUUCUUCUUUAACGUUAUCUACUGGAGCAUCUACACGUGAACCUCAGACUGGAAGCUAUGGUGGGCACGGUUGUGCUUAUGGUGGGCACAGAGACACUUUGUGUCUGUUGGUGAGAAUUCCUUGUAUUUUGGGUACAGUAUAAGUGAUGAUCAUAUUUUCAUAUGGUCUGUAAUAAAUAAGUGUGAAAUUUAAA